AUGGAUAGUUACGAUAAAAAGCAUCUCGAACGGCCCUUGACUAGGGACUUGCCUUCCUCAUUUUCGGAGUACACACGUCAUUUGAUUCAACAGACCAAAAAAGAGAUCACGUGGAACAAGUCAUAUGGGGAAAACGAUGACUAUAACAGAAACCCGGGUAAUUAUGUAACCAGGGUCCCCAGUUCCGAUGCCAAGAACCCGGCAACCAUAGAUGCGGCUAAUACUUCCGAUAGCGUAUCGUCAUCGAAAGAGGAGGAAGAGCAGCAUAAAAACGGUACCAUCAGAGUUGCAGGCUCAGACCUGGAAGCAAAACAGAGAGGCAAAAAAAGCUUUAGGUCGAAUUUGGACGUUUACUGGCCAAUUUUCACGACGGGAUCUGGGUUGUUCAGUGAUGGUUACAUUAAUGCUUCAGUGGGUACUGUUUCUACGUGUUUAGCGCAGAUUUACGGUGAUGAAUACUCCAAAUCCAAGGCUAUCCAAAACGUCUCCUCGAUUGCGUUUGUGGGUAUCGUCGUGGGUCAGUUGUCUUUUGGAUAUAUAUCAGACCACCACUCCCGUAAAUUCGCCAUGCUUUUAGGUAACAUUAUCUUGAUCGUCUUUUCUAUUUUGGCAGCAGGCGCAUGGGGUGUGGGCACCACUAGCACCAAGGCAGGUGGCCUUUUCGCUGCCAUUACAGCUUACAGAUUUUUCCUAGGUGUUGGUAUCGGUUCCGAAUAUCCAUCCGGGUCUACUGCGGCCUCGGAAGCAUCCGCACUCUUGCCAGCCAAGAGAAGAAACCGUUGGUUUGUGUGGUUUACCAAUUUUAUGAUUGAUUGGGGUUUUGUCAUUGCUGCUCUAGUUCCAUUGAUUCUUGUGUGCAUUUUUGGUGAACACAGAUUACAAUGGGUUUGGAGAUUGACCAUGGGUCUCGGUGCUAUCCCACCAUGUUCAUUGUUCUUGAUGAGAAUGAGAUUUAAGGAAAGUAAGAGUUUUGCUACCUCCAAAUUCAAUAAGGUCAUGCCUUAUAUGUUAGUUCUAAAAUUCUAUUGGUUCCGUACAAUUAUCAUCUCCAUUAUUUGGUUCCUUUACAACUUCUCCUCGUAUGCGUUUGGUAUUUACUCUUCAUUAAUUAUCAAGAACCUUUUGAAUAAAGGUGGUAAUGAAUCUCCAAGUUUGAAAGAUUCCUUUGCUUGGAAUGUCUUGUUCAAUGCGUUCUACUUACCAGGUUCUUUCUUGGGUGCCAUAUUUGCAGACUACAUUGGUCCUCGUUUGACCUUAUGCCUUGGCUUAUUUGUUCAAGCUAUGUUUGGUAUUGGUAUGACUUGUGGUUUUGCAUCUUUAGAAAAGCACAUUGCGGCAUUCACCGUUAUCUUUGGUAUUUUCACAUCUUUAGGUGAAUUCUCUGUCGGUGACAACGUUGGUUUGAUUGCAUCUAAAAGUUAUGCAACUCCAGUCAGAGGAACUCUAUAUGCAAUUUCAGCAGCAGUUGGUAAAAUUGGUGCUUUCUCUGGAACAUAUGCUUUCCCACAAAUCAUGAAAAAUGCUGGUGGUGCAGACACUACCAACGGUAUGCGCGCUCCUUUCUGGGUCGCCACAGCGCUAUGUCUCUUUUCUUGUUUUAUAGGAUUCUUCAUGUUACCGGACUUAGACCCUGAUGCUAUUAUCGACGAAGAUCGCAAAUUCCAUGAAUAUUUGGAGCAAAGCGGUUAUGAUAUGUCCAGUUUGGGUAUGCAUAGCGAUAAAUCUAGUGACGUUGAGUAUACAGAAGACAUUUUGAAAGCAGAUUCUUUUGAAAAGAAUUAA